AUGAACGACUUUGAUGAGUGCGGCCCGAGCGCAGCCAGCAUGUACCUGCCCGGCUGCGCCUACUAUGUGGCCCCGUCGGACUUCGCCAGCAAGCCGUCGUUCCUAUCGCAACCGUCGUCCUGCCAGAUGACUUUCCCCUACUCUUCCAACCUGGCGCCGCACGUCCAGCCCGUGCGCGAAGUGGCCUUCCGCGACUACGGCCUGGAGCGCACCAAGUGGCCGUACCGCGGCGGCGGCGGCGGCGGCGCUGGGGGCGGCGGCGGCGGGGGCGGCCCCGGCGGGGGCGGCAGCGGCGGCGCCGGGGGCUACGCUCCCUACUACGCGGCGGCGGCGGCGGCCGCGGCAGCGGCGGCGGCGGCGGAGGAGGCGGCCAUGCAGCGCGAGCUGCUGCCUCCCGCGGGCCGCCGGCCGGACGUGCUCUUCAAGGCGCCGGAGCCGGUGUGCGCCGCGCCCGGACCGCCACACGGCCCCGGGAGCGCCGCCUCCAACUUCUACAGCGCCGUGGGCCGAAAUGGCAUCCUGCCGCAGGGUUUUGAUCAGUUCUACGAGGCUGCGCCCGGGCCCCCGUUCGCAGGGCCGCAGCCCCCUCCACCUCCUGCGCCGCCGCAGCCCGAGGGCGCUGCCGACAAGGGCGACCCCAAGACCGGGGCCGGUGGCGGCGGGGGAAGUCCCUGCGCCAAGGCGACCCCGGGCUCCGAGCCCAAGGGGGCGGCAGAAGGCGGCGGCGGCGAUGGCGAGGGGCCCCCGGGGGAGGCGGGGGCUGAGAAGAGUGGCGGCACAGUGGCCCCCCAGCGGUCCCGGAAAAAGCGCUGUCCCUACACCAAGUACCAGAUCCGCGAACUGGAACGCGAGUUUUUCUUUAACGUGUACAUAAACAAAGAGAAAAGACUCCAACUCUCUCGGAUGCUCAACCUCACUGACCGGCAAGUCAAAAUCUGGUUCCAGAAUCGCAGAAUGAAAGAAAAGAAACUGAACAGAGACCGUCUGCAGUAUUUCACUGGAAACCCCUUAUUUUGAGAGCUCCAGGAAGCACCCCUCUUCCCGAGCCCCACUCACCCACCCACUUCCCCAUCAGCCUGCCCUGGGCAGGCCCAGUGUCCUUGGGUUUAAUGACGUCUCUUCUCUGUGGAACUCCACGAUUCCUUCCCACGGUCAACUCGGGACCUCCCAGCGACCACUGCUGCCUGCGGACGAGGCCGGGGACUUGGCCGAAUGGAUCCUAAUAAGGGGAAAAUGGUAAAUGCAAACGUCCCUUUACAAUUUUACCGCCAAUGUGCUGUUGUUCUCCUUCCUUCUCUCAGAGUCCCCGUGGGGACGCUGUGGGAUCUGUAGAGAGUUAGGCCGCUAGGCUGGAAGGUGCUUGUUUCUGUUCUGAGUUUAAGGGACCUGAUCAUCCCCUUGGUGAAUGCAGAUUAUUUAAACUCUGGGAAAUGUAUCUUCGGCCUGUUGGUCUGUCGUAUGAAGGCAUAAGUCACUGUGUUUUGUGUGAAUAAAUGGUUUCUGGUAAAAUGGAGGUUACAGCUUCAACACACUAUAUGAUUUUUUACUCUUUAAAGAAGUUUAGUGUCUUAUUAGGGGAUUUUGGUGGCCAGAACCUUCUCCCAUAUGCAACUGAAAACCAGGUGAAACGCUUUUUAAUCCCGCUGAAAUAAGAGUAGCUCUCUCCCACCCUGCCUAGGCUACACCGGUUUUAAAAAUCACUUCAGGGAUGAAUUUCUGAAUUAAGGCUGUGACCCAGCCAUUCUGGUGCUGUUUUCUGUAGGCAGUGAGGCUGGGGCAGCAGGAACCUAAGAAGGAAGUCUACUCCCCCCACCCCCAAUUUAGUGAACUUGGAAUUUCUGAAGAGACAAAAUUCAUUUUUAAAAAAACUUGUUAGAAAUCUAAAUUUAAUCUUAACAAGGUGUCAGGACCCAAGGUCCCUUAAAAAAAGAAACCAAAAUUAGAAAGCUUCUUUGAAAAAAAAGUUUGCUAAAAGGGAGUUACCAGUGGUCAAGAGGGCUUGGGAUCCUUGCUAGGGUCACAGCAGGCAUGUGGUAGAGAAGGUAAGACCCCUCCCUGGAAUAGGGCCUGAGGCUGCAGACCCACUUCUCACUGCAUUUAUCGCUUCAAGUUAAAGAAUGUGGUGGGGGCCGAACUAUACAUUAUGUUGCUGGGCCAGGCCAGGCUGUUUACAAAACCUUGAACUGUCUAGACAACACCAUAAAAGCCAAAGUUCUAAACAGCUUAAUUGGGUUAUAUUAUACACCUUCUGGUGGGCCCAAAAGAGAUUUCCGCAAUGUGCAAUAAACCGUAGGAGUGAGAAAAGCAUCUCUUUCUCUGAAAAAAGGUAAAGUGAAUCAUGACUCUUAACCUCUCCUAAGCCCAAAGUGU